AUGGACUCAAAUAAACGUUAUAAAGAUCUUCUUAGUGAAGAUUAAAGAAAAUCAGAAUGCGAAAAUAUAAGAAAGAAUUAUCCUGAUAAGAUUCCCCUCAUUAUUGAGAAGCAUCCUAAAUCUAAAUUAGAAUAAAUAGAUAGGACAAAAUUCUUAAUUCUUGAAAAGCUUAGAGUUUAUCAAGUAAACACAAUUAUACGUAGAAAAAUGAGUCUCAAUAAAGUAGAUGCUCUCUAUCUCUUUGUUAAUGAUAAUAUUCUUUUAAGAGGAGAUUAAUGCUUAAAAGAUGUUUAUGAAAAAUACAAAGAUUCAGAUGGAUUUAUUUAUCUUUCUUACUGCGAAUAUAGUUCUUUUGGUAAGAAUAUCUGA